AGUGAGGGAGGCUCGACGGAUGAUGGGCUUCAGUUCACGGACACGCUAACGGACUCUAACGUGCUCAAGCUUAGGCACACUUGGCGGAUUUUAAACGAUGUUACGGUCCAUUUUUUGACAGUUUUUUUCCAACGACUGUGAAGACCUGAGCUGUGACCGAGAUUUUACUCUUCUUUCCGCUGCAGCUCGUGCAUGAUCCAAAAUGACUUUUCUUAAAUGGCCACUGGUCGGAGCUUAGUGCUGAUCCAUCGAAGAGCACUAUGAGUAGAUGACAACAAGCGGCCUUUAAUCCAGAAAGGAUUCCUCUUCUCUGUGCUAAGAGUCUACUAACCGUCUGUAAGGACCGCUGGGAGUACAAGAAUCAAGUCAAGGACACGCUCACUCCCCCUCAGCCUGCAGGAAGAUGGGAGUGAGAAAAUAAAGCUCUGCAGAGUCAAGAAGACCUUAAUGAAUUCUAAGGAAUCUUAAAACAAAGGGUGUACAGUUGUUUAUGUCAGUGUGAGAGGAUAAGGCAACCAUGUGGACAUUAGCUGCGACUGUCCAUUGUCUCCUGGCUGCUGCGCUGCUAUUGGCCAUCUGCCUCCAAUCACUGACGGCUACUGAGGAAGAUGUCACUCCACGCAUCAGUUUCUCUUACAAUGCAAAGGAGAGGUCGGCCAAGAGAUUCUCUGUGGACGGCGUCUUCAAUUACACCUCAUUGCUGCUCAGCCAGGAGGACGACAUGCUGUACGUCGGAGCCAGGGAGGCGCUGUUUGCCCUCAGCCUCUCGGACAUCAGCAAGGCCAAGCUCCAGAAGAAUCUGACGUGGGGCACUCCUGCUGGAAAAAGGGAGGAAUGCAGCUUCAAAGGAAAGAACCUGGAGACUGAUUGCUUCAAUUACAUCAAAAUCCUCCUGCGGCUGAAUAGCACUCAUCUCUACGUGUGUGGCACAUAUGCCUUCAGUCCUAUUUGCGCCUACAUAAACACGUCAACAUUCACACUGGAGAGAGAUGAAGUGGGCGAGGUCGUGAUGGAAGACGGGCGCAGCCGCUGCCCCUUUAAUCCGGAGUACAAAUCCACUGCCAUCAUUGUUGAUGGUGAAUUGUACACUGGUACUGUCAGCAACUUCCAAGGGAACGAGCCCGUCAUUUACAAGAGUUUGGGUCAGGGAACUGCUCUGAAGACAGAGAACUCUUUAAAAUGGCUGCAAGAUCCGGUCUUUGUCGGGUCAGCUUACAUCGAGGAGAGUCAGCCGAUAGGCAACCCCGUGGGAGAUGACGACAAGAUUUACUUCUUCUUCAGCGAGGCGGGAAAAGAAUUUGACUUCUUUGACAACACUAUUGUGUCGAGGAUCGCUCGCGUGUGUAAGGGUGAUAAAGGCGGAGAACGGGUGCUGCAGAAGAAAUGGACGACCUUCCUGAAGGCACAGCUCCUGUGUUCCCUCCCUGAUGACGGCUUCCCAUUCAACAUCAUCCAGGACAUGUUUGUCCUGAAGCCCAUGGGAGACAGCUGGGAGAGCACCGUCUUCUAUGGCGUCUUCACCUCCCAAUGGUAUAAAGGAGCCUCAGGCAGCUCAGCGGUGUGCGCUUUUACCAUGGCACAGGUGGAAAGAGCUUUUAGCGGGCGCUACCGAGAGGUCAACAGGGAAACACAGCAGUGGUACACCUACAACCAUCCAGUGCCAGAACCACGGCCCGGGGCGUGCGUGACCAACCACGCCAGGCAAAUGGGUAUCCAGUCGUCCUUGCACAUGCCUGAUAAAGUGCUCAACUUUGUCAAGGACCAUUUCCUGAUGGACAGCGUGAUCCGCAGCGCUCCUCUGCUGCUGAAGCGCAGCGUUCGCUACACACAGAUUGCCGUCCACAAGAUCCAAGGAAUGGAGAGAGCCUACGACGUGCUCUUCAUCGGAACAGAUGAUGGAAAGCUCCAUAAGGCCAUCAAUGCCAACGAUAAGAUGCACAUUAUCGAGGAGAUGAUUCUGUUUCCUGAGCCUCAGCCUGUGCAACACAUUGAACUGGAUCCUCAGAGGGGUCUGUUGUUUGUGUCGUCCAACUCUGGGCUGGUGGAGGUUCCUGUGGCCAACUGCUCCAACUACUUGAGCUGUGGAGAGUGUGUGUUGUCCAGAGACCCAUACUGCGCCUGGACCGGGCGGUUGUGUCGGGACGUCAGGAUGGCUCCACCUGACAGUCACUGGCAGCAGGAUGUGGAGGAGGCCGAUACAUCAGCCAUUUGUAACAGGACAAUUCCCAGAUCUGCCAGACCAGCAGUUUCUCGUGCCUCCCAGUGCCGGCUCAUUACAAUCCCAGUCAACACAUUCAGAGUCCUGCCAUGUAAGCUGCGGUCUAACCUGGCACAGAGGAGGUGGCGUUACAGUGACAGCGCCAGCCAGUUCCUCUACGCCACUCCGGAGGGAAACCUGGUGGUGGUGGCACAGGUCCACAGGAUGGAGACCUACGAGUGCUGGUCAGAGGAGGAGGGUUUCCGCCAGCUGUUGGCCAACUACUGUGUAAGGGCGGAGCCCCGCCAGGAGAGCACCACACUGAUCGGCCACUCGCGCACACCGCACAUUGAGCGAGAGGAGUCCAUCAUCAUGCCCGGCGAGUCUCGUUCUGAACAGGUCAACACAAAGACGUACUGGAAUGAGCUGAUUGUGGUGUGCGCCCUGCUGGCCUUUUCCCUCGUGGUCUUCUCCCUGUUCGUCAUCUACAGGAACAGAGACCACAUGAAGUCCAUGCUGAAGCAAGGCGAGUGUCCCAACAUGCAGCAGAAGAAGCCGAGGAUUGUGGGAAAGCCUGCAGAGAGCUUACCUCUAAACGGUAACACCAUCCCCGUUUCUACUUCUGAUCACAAGGGCUACCAGACGUUAAACGACAACUACAUCUGCAGCACGCCUACCCACGAGUCCUCGCCGGACAACAGCAAGAGCUUCUCGGAGGCCUCCGACAGGCGGCCGCUUAACUUAAAGGAGAGCCACGUGGAAUACUCCCCGACCUGCCCCCGGCCCAGAGUGAGGCUAGGCUCGGAGAUCAAAGACUCUAUCGUAUGAGAGCGCAGUAUUUGCUAAAAAAAGAUGCCACCCUGUAUCUCCAAUGAGGAUACAGGCCAGCGAGCAAAGGAGAGGAGACCCUGACAUCCCUCAACAUCACAGCACAUCUUUUAUUUUAGUCAUCUUUUGUUCUGUGAUCAGUGCGGAGGUCAUUUCUUUUAACCAUUUCCACUCCAAAGCCAGAGGUUGGUCUGGUUUGACGUGCUGCUGCUGCUGCUGCUGCUGCUGCUGCAGGUUAGAAGAGGAAGUGGCACAACACUUUGGUUCCAACCAGGAUCAACAACCAUGGCAGCUGCUCAGAAUAGUAUUAACAAAGUCUUUGUUUGAGUCAUUCAUCAUAUGUGUGAGUGUAGGGCUGGGAAAUACGAGGAAAAACCUUCUUCCCAUAUCAAUAUUUAUCUAUCUCUUUAGGUAUGCAAGUUGCAAAAUGAAAAUGUCUACUUAAUGUUCAUCACAUGAUAUGAAAAAAAUAAUAAAUAAUAAAUAUUGAUGGUUUCCCAGCCCUAUUUGAGUAUGUGUGACCUUUCACACUCUCUGCAGAAGAUGCCUGCCACAGAGGCCACACUUCUGUUAUUAUGCACACUAGAACCAAGCUCCAGCUACACAGCGACCAAGAGUUCAGGUUAAGGAGAAAAUAAUACAAUUAUUCAUUAUGAUCCACAGAUUAUGGAAGCAAGUCCAAAGCACAUUUGUUCCCUGUUGCUGAAUAAAUGUCUUGACUGUAUGAGGAUGACGAGGCAGACCGGGAGAAGACAAUUAAAAUGACUUUGAGGAAGAUGAUCAAAAAAUUUGAUCAUAAAUGAUGCUCCAGGGCCUAAAUACUGACAUUUACCUCCUGAAUGUAUGUUGUCGUUCGAAAGGUUUCAUUCACACAUCACUGCGCCAUGGACAAUUUAGGGAACCCGUUGCUCUACAUCUCUGCUCAUCAGAGACAGCCCUGUUCUUCAUUAUUGACCUGCAGGUACCACGAUGGGCUCAUCAAUCGACAGAGACACAGAUGUGAGGCGAAUAUGGAGAAAAAGACCUGACAGAUGGACAUUAUAAGCACAGAGCGCCAAGAAAAGAAAGUGGACAUCCACACCUCUACCAUCUUCAGGGCAGCACCGAAAUCAUCAUGUGCACUGUGCCAAAAAAAAAAAAAGAUUGUCCUAUCUAAAUGCAAUAGUGCCAUUCUGUUCUGACCACUCCCAUGCUUUGUGUUAUAGCAUUGAUCACUGUCAAAGAGCACAUGGUGAUGGAACCAGAUGUGGGUUUCACAAAAGCGGCACUAAUAAUAAACGAAAUGUGAAGUGCAAAGGUGGAAUUUUCUCUGAAGACUGUUAGCUCACCUUUUGUAACGACAAUGUUGGGCAAAAUAAUUGACUUUCAUGAAAAAAAAAAAAAUCUGAACUGGGGCCAAAGGUUAUGGCAUGGAGAUAACUUCAUGUGAAUGCUUGUCUUGUGGUUGUCAGGUGAGAAAAUAUUCCAGUUUUACUUCAGCUACCCUCAAAUGAGUCAUCUGCCUUCUUAGUAUACACUGAAACAUACAGGUACAGUUGGUUUGAGAGCUAACACAAACUGUUUUAUUAAAACGCUAAUAAUUCAAAAUGAAAAUGUCACAGAACAACUAAUAAUAACUGUCACCGUAGUGGAGAGAUAAUACUUCUUCUUGUCCAGACUGCAGCUGCACUAUGUAGUGACGUAGCUGCACAGAGCGCUGUAUUAGCUCAGUAUAACCCUCUCUCCUCCACCAGGUUAGAUCUCCCUGAUACGUGAUGUCCCCCCACACACAGUCAGAUGUCAUUGGUAAUGUGAAAGCACAAGUAAUCAGGGUCUUGAAUACUAACUAGGUUUGCACAUGUCAGUAAAAUCAGAGCGUACUCUUAAGAAAUGCAACUACUGAGACAGAAGGUGUGGCUGCUGGGGAAAAUGAUUUUUACAAAUCAGUUAUUACAGGGACCAGUGCAGCCAUUACGAACACACUUGCACCCACAUCGCUUAGACUUUUGAGACUUAACAAGCAGAAUUUCCCAAAGAUGUAGGGAGCUGAUGGUGUUGUGUAAAUCGGAAUGAGAAACAUUUACACGGCCAUAGGGACAAUAUGGCACCACGUGUCUUAGAUUGCAUCACCAAUUCACUGUAUUGAUCAAGUAAGCCUACAGUAUAUAUUCCAGUAUCAUACAGAAUAAACAUUUUGCUAUUUCCAACACGAGCAGAUGACUACAUGCUAUGUAACUGCUACAAGUUGACAAAGUAAUUGCACAGCAUACUGCGCAAGAGUGGUCAGUGUUUUCUUUUAUUUCCUUUAGUUUUUGUUGUGUAUAUACAGUAUCUGUGCUUAAUAUUGUGUGUUUUUCAAGGGACCUUGUGCAAGAUGUGUUGUAGAGAUAGUCUUGAAACUAGAGAGUGAACACUGCUGAUAUUUUGUUUUCAUAGUGCUUUACUGCCUACUUCAGCAUACAUUUCAAAAUCUUGCACAGACUACCGUACAUUUCUCACCAUGCUGUUUAAUCAGCACCUGGGCUGGUUUUUAUCAAGCAUGUCAAAGCAGGAGGGCCACUUCUUUUUAUCUUCGUGCCAAGCUGAACUGAAGGGGUGGUUUUGCAUUGUAGGAAAUACACUUGAUCAUCAAUCCUGUGUCUGUAUGCUAAAUAGGAAGCUACGACCAGCAGCUGGUUAUAUGGGCGUAUUAUGAGACAACGGGCCCCUGGGUACGGACACCAUCUCUCCUGCACAGGAGCAAGAUACAGACUUUAUAGUCGUUUAGCCUGCUUUUGUUGAUCUUUUGUUUCUUUGUAGUGGUAACACACCUCUCUGUGGUCAUUUUGUGUCUCUGUAGUUGUUAGUGUCACUUUGUAAGUCAUUCUGUAAUUACUUUUAGUCUCUUUGUGGUUGUUUUACCCCUUUUCAUAGUCUUUGUGAGUCUAUUUGGUGUGUCCUUGCAGCUUUGUGUCUCUUUGUGGUCGUUUUAUGUUACCUUGUGGUCAUUUUGGGACUUUUCCUGAUUGAUACACAUUUCGGCCAUGGGGGUCCCCUGACAUCUGGGCCCCUUGGCCUGUGUCUGAUAGGCCCAUUCAAUAAUCCAGUUAGCUUAGCUUAGCAUAAAGACUAGAAACUCAGGGGGGAAGCGGGUAACCUGGCUCUGGUCAAGCUAAUAAAACCUGUGCAGUAACACCCUGGCAUCUUGUCUUCACCUUAAGCUUGCCAGGGAGCCAACAAAGACUCCAGGAAAUCCCUGCUCUCGGGCCAAGAAAUUGUCCAGAACAUAACUACCCCUUAAACAUCAGUGAGACACUUUUACACUGUGGUUGUUAUACACAGCAAGAAAACAAGAUAUUUUUAGUGAAUGAUAGUGGACUUUAGGUCUGCUGGUCAGCAGAUUCUGUUACCUUUGGACAGAAGCAGACCAGCUGUGACCUCGUGUUUCUAGUCUUGUUGGCUCGAGCUUCAUAAACACCAUACACACGAGUGGUGCCGAUCUUCUCAUCAAACUCUUGGCAAGAAAAAAAAAAGUGUAUUUCCCACAAAGUCUACCUAUUCCUUUAAUGUUUGCUGAGACUAACCAAAUAAAGAGUGUAACAUCUGCCAACAGAUGUAUUCAAAUUAAUAAAUCUCUAACAGCCUUGGUGCAUACAGAGUAUCUAAACUACAAGACGUCUCCCUGGAGGCUGAAUACCCUGCUUUCAGAUGCUUGGUGAAUAACUUCACAACAUAUUUUCAAAAUGCCUUUAGAUGUCAAGUUGUUCUGCCUUUAGCCACGUGCCACAUUGUACACUACCCAGCAGUGACCUCACCACCUGAGGUGUGGUGAAUGGCGUGAUUGUAGCCCUCCAUGGGCACACUUAACUCCACAACACAACACGGGUCAACAGUAGAUUUACAGAUUCACCCAAGCCAUCAUUAACUUUACCUGCAAACAAUAAAACUAGGAGCUGCUCAAAAUCUUGUACCAUUCUGCAGUCGUUGCUUAUGUCAGAAGUGAAACUGCACAUAGGAAAGAUCUUUGUGAAGAGGUCAAUAUUUAAGAAAAAUAAUACUACAUGUAGAGCUGAUGUUACAAUACCAUCUGACCCUCAUGGUUGCCAAAAAAGAGAAAAAAAUACUGUCAUGAAUGCAUAUUUAUUAAUGACGUGCUUUUCAUUAAAAAGCAAAUAAUACUGUUGUGAUUGAUGCUUUAUUUUGAGUGGCUCCUCAGUAAUGCAACAUACUGUACUGGACAUGAAUGUAGCCAACUAUAACAUAUUUUGUAGAACAUCUACAGCAGUCUAUUUUCCUAAAACGGCUUAAGUAGGCAAUCCCCUGCACCAUCUUUUCAGGAUUUUGUUCAAACGAUCAUACUACAAAGAAACUGCACAAUAGAAGUAAUUAAUCAUUUGUGCUGCUCCGUGUAGUACUGCAGUAAGAUGCAAGCACAGCUCCAAAUCCUCCAUAUCGGCUCAGCAACAGCUUUGCCUCAGCAUCCUGAACACCAUAAGCUUAGAUGACUGAAUAACUAUUAGACAAAUGUGGUCUUGCCUGCAUGAUUUCCUUUUUUUUUUAUUUGUUGUGUACAAAUAACAUUGUGAACUGUAUUUUUUGUAUCAUUGAGAUUGUGACUGUUGUUUUUAUUAUAUUGUACAUAAAAAGCACUUUAUUUUAAUUUUUUAAGAUAAAUGAAUAAAAUACAUGUUUUGACACAUGCA